UGAAGAGAGUUAUUAGGUUAAGUUUAAGAAUUUACACCCCCGUGUCGGGUACACAGAAAUUAUCCGAUCACUUGUAAUGUGAAUAAUCUCUUACGUUUGUAACUUUUGUAUAUUAAAAAAAACUAGUGUUAAACUUGUAUUAAAAUCUCUACAAGUGCGCAAAAAAUGUCUGAGGACAGAUUCGAUUUGACGCUGAUAUAAACGCAAUAUAAUUUGUCAACAUGGAUAAUAUCGAAUUGUUGUUUUUCGACACUUUUUCCCACGAUAUCUCGGAGGAAUUGAACUUGGAUCUGGUUCAGUUUCCCAAACCUGUUUAUAUUAGCGAGGUGAGAAUAAUUCCAUUGGGUGCACGGGUCCAAGCUGACUUUCCAGGAGGAGUGCGACUUGGCGCAACCAAUCCUUCUCAAUUUGAGAUUCAGUUUUUUGUGAACGACCUCAGCAAACCUGGUGCCUCUACUUUUGAAUUUUUGGGCGGUUUAGAAUACAAACAGAAUAUUCACAUUCAAUUGGAAUGCGAACGAAAACAGAUACCAACUGACGGAUUGGUACUGAGAGGAUGGUAUACUACCAUCACAUUGGCAGUGUAUGGCACUUUAACCAAAUCACUGAAUAAUCCUCCCCAAGAAGAUAGUUCUGCGGCAGGAUCUACCACUUGUGUUGCCUCGGUUGAAGAAAAUUCUUCAAGCACAGCUCAGGUUUCUUCCGAGCAACAGUCUGACUGGUACUAUGAAAAUCAGCAUCAGACAAAUUCAACGGAAACAUGUGUGACCACAACUCCGCCACCACCGGCUCAACCGAUCCACGUGGUGGAACCUACCAGGCCACCGAUAUCAGAGACAGGAAAAGUAGAACCGGGACAGUGGGAAGAAGAGACACCCAAUACGGACGAAAAAUCGACGAAACGACCGUCGUCUCCUCCUCCUACGGAAUCUCUGAUCUCCCUGAGUCCCGAGUCCAUCUCUGCCGAAGAGGAAGAAACGGAGCAGCAAGAGACUGGAGAGCCAGAAACCGGCGAGCCCUUCGAGCCCAUAUUGUCCGAUGAAGAUAUAAUAGCUGACGAUGUUCCGUCCGCAACUGAAUUUGAAUGCGAAAUUUCACAGAUCGACGAGGCUUAUACAAUAAUGCUGCCUGAUUUGUUGUGUUUGGAAAAGCUGGAAAACUUGGAAGACGCUUGCGUGAACUAUGAAAGUCUGCUGAAGAUCAGAGAAAUUCUUCAAUCCUUGUCCAAGUCGGUAUCUCAUUUCCACAACGCGUCCGGUCAGGAAAAGGAAACGUUCGUUCACAAUUGCGAGCAUUUGUGUGCUAUAUUGGGUCCCUUUGAUACUAACGUGAACGAUGUCGAUAACUUGACCGAUGUCAUCAAUGCCGGUUUGGACAUGGAACUCGCUAGGGCUCAGCCACAACCCGCAUAUAAAGUUCGUCACGUAAAGGUUGGUGUUCGUUUAGCAGAAGCUCUCUGUCGUUUGUCAACUGGACCGGAGAUUUUGCUGAAGGUCGAGGCCCCGUCCAAAUUGUUGUCUUUGUGUAUGCGCGAAAAUGUGGCACUGCCUGUGAAACUCUCCGCUCUGCGAGCUCUGGAUGCUGCGUUGAUCAGUCCGAUAAUAGUGCAAGAAUUUCUGAACCCAAGAAACAAUUUGUAUAGAAACGCAUUGAUGAUGUUGGAUACGGCGAAGUUGGCCAGACUCAAAUACGCUCUCAGCUCUCUUCUUCGCAAAGUUCACAUAUACGAAUAUCUCGAAAAGAUCGAGAAUAUCGACGAAUUUGGUAUAACGGAGCUGAUAAACGCUUACAAGUGUGCUCCGACGCUGAUGGCGCAGCCUAAGCGUCAGUUGCCGGCUUGUGCGCAGAUGGAAAUCGAGCGAGAACACAGUCGCAAUCCUCGAGCUCAUUUGAUUGCUUAUUUCGAACAUCACAAGCUAACCCAUCAUCUUCUGCUUACAUUAUCUUCGCCCAAUUGCGACCUGAAGGUGAUUAAAUUGAUUCGUCGUUUUCUCUUGCAUCUUUCCGACACGAGGGAAGGCUUGUUUUAUCUACUAAAAGACACCGAAGUGAUUCGGCUGAUGUUAAAAGUCUUAAAAUACGAAAUGCCAGGCGCCGGUCGCAUCCUGGCGUGGCGUCUUCAAGUCGCCCAGUGUGUGAUUCAUUUGAAACAGAAAAGUUCCGACUGGAUGAUCCUAAAGAGACUGCACUCCUUUCUCGUUUUUCCCGACGGUUUGCGGGCCAUUCUCACGGUUCUACCUCUAGGCGAUUUCAUAGACAUUCUGAUUCCUUUUCUGUCGGAUUCAAAUCUGUGCGAGUUCGCCGCCGAAGUGAUAUCCGCCAUUGUCCGUUAUUCCAACAGAGUCGAGAUUCUUCAGAAUCGCGCCGAACUGAUACUGGAAAAAGCGCGCGAACACGCUGUUCUCAGAGACGUGACAUCGUAUUUGACCACCGCGGCUCAGCCUUCUCAUUGGGACUACAAUGACGUAUCAUUACUGGUGGAGACUAUCAGAAAGAGCGCGGAGAAGGCCGCGUCGCUUCCUGGCCAACUGAUAACCGCCUGCAGAAUCUUGCACUACUUGAUCUUUCCGUCGAGCAACGACGUAGAUCCUUUGGAGCCAUAUGUGGAGCUCAAAUAUAGUAACGCUCUAACCCAACUCUUUGCCGCGGACGGUCUCGCUGCUCUAGUCGCCGUAAUGGCAAGUGUGUCCGAGUUCUACGAACAACCGUUUCUUCAUCGCGCAGCACUUACGGGUCGCAGAGGCAUGGCAUUGGUAGCUUUGCUGCUCCCGUGCGUAAGACUGACCAGAGCGCUGCUCGAGAGACUUGUUAAGUGCAUGUCAACCGACUUCAAGAAUUUGACGGUCGUUGUACCGUUGCUCGGAGUUUAUUCUCUGAUCGAAGCCAUUCCAUCAAACCCGAUGGUGCGAACCCUGUCCGAGGAAAUCGUAGGAACGCUGCUGGUGUUCACUCAUGCGGUCGAUUCCGAUGGUUCUGGGAACGUGGCAAAAUCACUGUGGACACAAAUGCUGGGCGAAGUCUUGAAAAUGGUCUCCCUCCGUCCGUGUAACUUUAUGCCGGGUUUGAAGCUUUUGUCCCGUUUGCUACCGUCUGUCUUGACGCCUGUCUUAACCGCCACUGAAGAUACUACUAGGAUUUUAGGUCUAAGGAAGCUCUGGUCGGCGCAUCUUCAAGCUCAAGCCGCGAAUCUCACUGAGACUCUUCGGUUACUCUGUGCCAGUUGGAAUGGAGAUGUUCUACUUCUUUUAUCAACAGUCUGCAAACAGUUGAGCGAUUUGGCAGCGCCUACAGCUCUUUUAGUUGGAAGAUGUCUUCUAGAUGGUAUUCUAGCAGCGACUCCUCUAGAAAACAACGUUCCUAUUCUCGCUCUAGUCAGCGAUUUGGUCAGACAUGCUCCAAUGAAGGCUACUUUACUGACCUUGACUAGUCCUGCGUCCAGAGCGCAGGUGAAAUCUGAUCAGAAGUACCCGCCGGUCAUAGAGAUGAUGUGCUCUACCUUGAAAAGCAGCAGCAACAUUCAGGUGCAAUACGAAAUCCUCAGAAUCUUUGAAACUCUGUGCGAUCGUAAUCUCAGUCUGGUGUUGCAAGAAGACAAUGAACCUUUCGAAAAAAAACUAACACACUCAGUACCUAGUAAAGAACCUCUUCUGUCUAUCCUCGCGACUCUUAUUGAAAUUUUGGCGACCAGUACGAAAUUUCAAUUAGAUGUGAUAGAAAGUACGCUGCACAUCUUAUUAUCUCUCAAUAGUCACAACUACGGUCUUUAUCAUGUGAAAAGCUGUCUGGAGAAUAAUCCUGAUGCGUUGCGCUCGUUGCUGGAUCACGUGUCGACCUUAGAAGAGCCGGACACGAAUUCCGUCGUGCGUUUGACGGUUACUUUCUUGGAGAAUCUGAUCGCGUCGGAUUCAGAACGGAGAUCUUUGCAUCUGCGCACGCAGCAGUUGGCGUCUUUGAUCUCUUGGGAAAAGAACAAUCAUCAUCCUCUGGAGAAGUUGAAGUGUGCGGACGAGCUGGUAGAAACUUUGAAACUCGCUGAGGAUAAAGAGGAGAAGGAACCUAUUCCGGAAAUGUUAGAGCCUCUUUUACCAGCUCCGGAAGUUUUACUGAAUCAAUUCUCGCAACGAUGUCCCAGUACGAUUAGCAACAGUCCGACGCGACUCGGAAAAUUUUCGUUCGCCAAUCAGACGCCAGCUGAAAACACGGUGGACUUUUUGGCGCUUGCUGCUGAAUUGCUACCUACCGAUUUCAAUUUAUUAGCGGAGGCGCAGAAUUUGUGCUCAAAAACACCUCCCGAUGACACCACUCAACCUUUACAAUCGAAAUCUCAGAACGAAGAUCAGGAAAAUAGAACAGAGAAACAGACCUCUCCGAUUGCUAAACCGAAACAAUCGUUUGUGACACCAGUACGCGGUCGGACACAGUUUGCUAAUUCGUUACGAGGAGGCCCGGGAGUAGGUGGAGGAGUGGGCAGAGGAGCUGAUCCAUUUCGCUCGAGGCCGCCGAACACUUCUAGACCACCGUCGCUCCAUGUAGACGAGUUUGUGGCGUUAGAGACUUGCGGAGCACAACCAACAGGCCCAACCGGAUACAACAAACUUAGCAAUCGCGGAACUUGUCCGCCGCGUCCCAUCAACAGCGGAGCGAGAAGUCGACCUUGGGCACAAGAAACCCGUCCCCCGUAUCUUCGCUGAUUCAUCAUCUCUCCGUUUGAUUCUUUUCGUUUAAUAUAUAUGUACAUAUUUAGAAACAUAUCAAUAGAGUUAAUAACAAGUCGAAUUAUCUUGAAAAAUUUCCAA